AUGGAUUUCUUCAGAUCGGUCUUUACCGACGAACCCGAUCCCCCUCCUCCCAAGUCCGCGUCCGACGCCGAAACUUCCCCUGAACACCAAUCGAACUCAGAUUCCGACUCCGAGUCUCCACCAACACAGCCGCACUCCAACCCUAGCGACGGCGGCAGUGGGUGGAGUAACUUUGGCGGCCUGAUCCGCACACUGACCACCAAAUCCGAAUCCGUCAUUGAGACCUACCGCCGGGAUCUCCAGGAAUUCAGCACCGGCCUGCGGAAGGAGAUCGAGGUCGCCCAGGGAUCCCUCGAGAACGUCGGACAGGCCUUCGACGAGAUCGGAACCUCCGUGAUUAAAGGCACAGCCCAGAUCAUUUCACACGGCAAAGAAGCGAUCCUCUCCCUUGACCACGAAUCCGAUUCCUCUGACAUCGAUGUCAGAGGAAGCAGCGCCGCUGGCCAGAGCAGCAGCUACGAUUCGAGGCGGUACAGUCGCUUCGACGCGCAGGUCAGUGCCAUUCAAGGUGAUGCCAGCACUUUCUGCGACGAGCCGGAAGAUAUGGAAGAUUACGGCAAGUGGAGGUCGUGGGAGUUCGCCCUUCAGGACAACCGGGACGAGAUCGAGAGCCUGCUUGAAGAAAAUGGUACGCUGGAUGCUAUAUAUAAGAAAGUUGUGCCUGGUAGCGUUGAUGAAGAAACGUUCUGGGCUAGGUAUUACUAUAGGAUUUAUAAGCUCAAGCAAGCCGAGGCUUUGAGAGCCAAUCUUGUGAAGCGAGCCAUUUCUGCUGAAGAAGAGGAUUUGAGUUGGGAUGUGGAUGAUGACGACGAUGAUGAUGAAAGUGAGGAGCGGAAGAGCAAGGCGAGUAAAGGCAAAGAAAAGUCAAAGGGCGAUGUAGAGGAAAAUCAAGAGCUGAAGACCAAAGAUUAUUCUAUGGAAGUUGGGAAAUCGGAUGCGAUUAAGCCUGUAGAGCAGAACCCUGUUGAGGAUAAGAAAAUGGGUGAUGAAAAGUCUGAGGAAAUUGUGCAAAAUGCAAAGGAGGUAACUGCUGCUGGUGCUGCAACAGUUGUAGAGCCGAAAGUAGUAAACAGCCCAGGUUCUGCAACUGCUAGUGGUAAUGUGGCAUCUAGUGAGAAAGCAGAUGAAAUUAAGGAGGAUGAGAAAUCUGCUGAGAAUUCAGGUUCUGAAGGAAAUGGUGGCAAUGGAGGGUCUUGUAAAGACAGUGAUUACUCGGUAGUGUCAAGCCACCAGACGGCAGCAGAGGAAGAAGAUCUUGGGUGGGAUGAGAUUGAGGAUCUAAGCGGCAUUGACGAUAGUAAGAAAGAGGAGAGGAGAGUGAGUCAGAGUGGGAGUAAUGCAACCAAGGAGGAGUUGAGGAAGAGACUGAGUGUUGCAGAAGAGGAAGAAGAAGAGGAUUUGAGUUGGGAUAUUGAAGAUGACGAUGAGCCAAUUAAAGCUUGA